AUGAUGCGGUUACUCAUCAAACUUGCAGAUGAAUUUGGUGUAGCUGUAGUGAUUACGAAUCAGGUAGUUGCGCAGGUCGACGGAGGAGCCAUGUUUCAAAUGGAUGCCAAAAAACCAAUUGGUGGAAAUAUCGUUGCUCAUAUGAGCACAACCAGAUUGGUGGCACUGCGGUGGACUGAAAAAGAGCCGCGUAUCUUCGAGCUGCAGCAAGAUGCCGCUAAAGCUUCCAAUAUUUAA